CGCCCCAUAUAUUCCAGCCCGAAGUAGCUUCUUCGCUCCCAAAAAAGUUCUGUGUAUUGUCCGGCCAUUCAGUCCCUUCAAGUUUUCACUCUGUUACUUCAACCUCCCUGGAUCGGUCUCCCCAUGUCAACCCGACCUAAUCCUAACCCUCAACGCAAUGGGGAAGAAGACGAAGAGAUGGAUGUAAGCUUGAGAAUCAUAAAAACAGUCAGCUUCAAGGUGAAUAAACGUAUGACUGUUGGAGGGGUCAAAGCCUUACUAUCUAAGAAGGAAAGGAUACCAGAAUGCAUGCAGGAGCUGUUUUACAAUGGCAAUCACCUUGAGAAUGACACCAAGAUGGUUGAUUACAGCAUCUCUACUAACUCCACUCUCAAUGCAUAUGUGAGUGAUGCAGCGCCGCUGAAUUUAACGAUCAAAAUACCACAAAGGCAUGACACCGUAUUAGUUCAGGCGAGAAGUGAAAAUACGGUCCAGAAUAUCAAGGCUUUAAUUGAGGCCAGAGAAAACAUCCCUUCCUGUAGCCACUCUUUGGUUCAUGCAGGAAAGCUGCUAGAAGAAGACAAGACGUUGGCGUUUCUUGAGAUCAGAGAGGGGUCAACGCUUCAUGUGGUUUUCAUUCCCCAGGGUAUGUUUCUGAUUUUAGUGAAACUGUUAGACGGAGAAGUUUUGGAUGUGGAAGUGAAUAUGGGGUACACCAUACUUGAUGUGAAGGUUUUGCUUGAAAGCAUAGUUGGCUACCCAGUGGGGGAUCUCACUUGUGAGGGGGAGAUUCUUGUGGACAGUUGGACACUUUCACAUCACAGCAUUUCAAUUCACUCCAUGUUAGAGAUGGCACCACCGCCUCCCCCGCCUCCACCAAUUGAGGAGGUUCGUCAGAUGACUCAGAUAUUCAUAAAGUGGCGUGGCAAAAGUACACCUAUUGAAGUCUGCUUAGGGGACUCUGUUAAACGUCUGAAAGAAAUUAUCGGUUCCGAGAUGGUAAAAUCAGGUGCUACCAAACAGCUUGAGUUGGAGGGGAAGAGACUUCCAAAUGGGAAGGAUUUAGCAAGCUGUGGAGUUCAGAAGGGCUCAACUCUAGAUUUGUUUUUAAUCAUUUAUUGACUUCCACUUCGCUUGCAUGUUUUUUUCGAGCUAGAUCUCACGUGUUGCAGACAGUUAAAUCGUUGGUGAUGUAUUUUCAAGCCUUGCAACUCAGGCCUUUUGUCCGUUUUCGGUCUGCUUUUAAAAUUUACGCGUUUGCCUUGGCACUCUUGUUUGUAACUUUGUAUCACGAAUUCCUCAAUUUUCAUAAAAAGGAAAUCUAUAAUAGACAAAUGAAACCAUGAGGGCUGGCCGGCUGGGUUACUAACACCAAAA